UUGUGAAGUGGAAAUGUCGCGAAAGGUUGUCCGGGGAAAAGAUAAAGCACGGGACUACCGCUUAUCGGCGAUAGUUACAGAUCAUCUUCAACAUUCACCUCUUCUAUUCAUUACUGCUAUAACGAAUAUCCAAAAUGUCGACUCUAUCCUCCCCUCGCCCCUCAAUAGCCUCUUCGCGCGCCCAUUCCCCCACACCAACAUCCUCCCACCGUCCCUCCCUCGACACUCUGAACACCAACACCGGCGCCGCAGGUCUCAGCGCAUCCUCUACACCCUCAACAGCACGAGCAGUCUCCCCAUCCCUCCACCCCCCACGCCGCAACCGCGUCGCCCUCCGAGACUACUACAACCUCAAACCCGAAGCCGCAGCCGCAGGCAAUGCAGACGCACGCCGUUCACGCAGCGUCCCCCGACACACCGACGCCGGCGACAUCUCCAACACCAAUCCGUCCGUUGUAGCAACAGGCACAGAACUCGAUAACCCGGACUUCGAUGCACAGCGCUAUGUCGAGCAGUUACUAGCUACAUCGUCGCUGUCAACGGUGCUUAAGGCUGAGAAUAGUCUUGUUGGGGAUAUUCGCACGCUGGACAGUGAGCGGAAGGCGUUGGUUUAUGAUAACUAUUCGAAGUUGAUUCGGGCGGUUGAGACGAUUGGGAAGAUGCGGAGGAGUAUGGAUGAUCAGGGGGCGCCGUUGAAAAUGACCAAGACUUUGGGGCCGGCGAUUGGGUUUGUGGCGGAGACUGCUGGGGGUUUGAUUCAGGAUGGGGAGGAGCAGCGGCGGAGGAUAAAGGAGGCGAAGUCUACGGAGCAGGCGGGUAGCAAGAAGGUUGAGAAGGAGACUGUGAAAUGGGUCUUGGGGGCACCGAGUCGAUUGGAGAAGCUUCUGGCAGAUGGGAAGAGAGAGGAGGCUGAUAAGGACUGGGCUGAGGUGAAGGAUCUACUUGACAAGUGGGAAGGUGUAAAGGGAGUUUCUGAAGUCAAGGAGGCAUGUUUAAAGGUCAUGGAGACUGGAGAAGACAAGGAAUCGUGAGUUGAAAGUGAUUCAAUGCCUGGGUUUUGCGCAAUUGCUUCGCAAGGCUAUAAGGUCUACAUAGAGCUCACGGAUACCGGUCCUUCGAUUUCUCCAUAAUGUCUCCGAUGAUCUUACCGGACUGCUCUUAUCUCGUGGUCCGCCAGGGUUUGCAAUGACAGGUCCUGCGAAAGAGUGUCAAUGCGAUU